AUGGUCAAGUUGCCCGGUCUCACCAGCUGUCUCGCUGCUGCUGGAAUGGUGAGCACAGCUGCCAAUCUGAUGGCGAGCGUUCGAGCCCUGCCUUCUACUGUUCCAGAUCUUCGUCUUGAUCAGCUUCUAACCUCACGGUUCAACGCCACUAACAGCGGCACUGACUUCCUCUUGACUCUCUCGCCAGGACAGCGUCAUGUCUUUACAACGGCGCUCUCUAUGCUCGACUCGAAUUUCCAGCCUCCUUUCAUUUUUGGAUCUUCUCGCUAUACUGUCUACUAUGCUGUAUCGCUGCUCGCCCGCAACGGCCCUGGCGAUGCCGCUCUAGCAAACCAGCUCUUCCACAAUGCAAUUGCUGCUCAAUGGAAGAACUCCUCUGACACAUGGUAUGGCGCGUUUCUUGAUCCAAAUCAGCCCGCUCCUGGCGAUCUCAAUGCCCCCAAGAUAUAUGGCUCGUACGAUGCGAACUCGAACCUCUUUGUAGCUACUGCCUUCAUGCUUGCUAUAGAGGACUUUGGCCAUCUCAUGGACGACGAAGUCAAGUCAGCGGUCAUUGAGUCGGGCUACCGAGCUGUUGUCGGGGACACCUACCGAGUUUUUGGCGUUGAUGGAGACAACCUGACGCCUGCCUAUUCGAAUCCAUGGCUCAUGCGAUGCAUAGCCAUGUCGUACUACGGCAACCUCAAGAACGAUGCCAACAUGACUAGCUACGCCCAUCAGUACGCCACCGAGUUCUACUCGCUUUUCGACAUGUACGACACGCUCAGCGAGUUCAACUCGGCAACAUACACCGGCGUGUCGCUCUGGGCUCUGAGUUUGGGCGGCUACCUCCCAUCUGACACUUUAAUGGCCAAGAGAGCGGGCGAGACGAUCUCGAAAAUCUGGGCCAAGACAGCCCAGCUGUGGCAGCCGCAGCUUAACAGUCUGGGAGGCUCAUGGGAUCGAACCUACGGAUUUGGUCUAUCAGACUAUGUCAAUUUGCUCGGCUUUUAUGUUGCCGGUUUUGACGAUGGUGAUUUGAAGGGCUGGGCACAGCCUUGGAAGCUCUCUGGAUCUGCUCAUGUGUCGGAUGCGGCUUUUGCUCCGCUGAUGGCAAUCACCAGCAAAUAUCAUGAUCAGUAUGUCUCGCAAGAGUCUCGCGCUUAUUUGAAGCCCAACGCCUCGGGUAGCAGGCCUGGUCGUCUGGUCAAGUCCAAUGCGUGGUCACCUCCUUUCGAUGCCGAUGUCAAGCAGUACGGACCUCGCAACUACACGGCUUGGAUUGGCGAAAAUGUUUCUGUGGGUGGAACUGAGAUUGACGAAGCUGACAUCGGUGGCCCUGCUAAGAACCCAACCGCAUUCACACCAGCUGUCAUGCUUUGGAAGACCCCAGACACGCAUUCUCUCAACUACGCUCAACCCAAGGUAUCCUGGCUUUCGCUCUAUCCAACCACUCAGACCAUAUCUGCAAGCGCUUCUGCGUCGAGCCUCACCAUUCGCUUCCCGCCGUCCAUAGCGUUCGCCGCCAACUAUACUACGCCUAGUCACAUGACGAUUAUGAUUGGUACCAGCCCGCUCAACAACCUGCCUAGCGACUUGUUAGUGUCGUCCAACCAUACCAACGGCGCUCUGCCUGGUAUAGAAUUGACGCUGAGUGGUAAUGUAGCUUCGAAUGUGGUCGAACGCUCGUUGACGUAUGACAGCUCCAAGAAUGUCAACGGCUUCUACUACUACAACCUCACGUUCUCGCUUAGUAGUCUACCGAAGAGCACGGUGCCCGAGUUGGUUGUCUCUUACAAGGUGGUCUAG